UCGCUCUCUUUUACGUCACAUUAAUACUUCUCACAAACCCGGACGUAACCAACGCCUAUUCGCCGGAGAGAUGCAGACCAUAAAGUGUGUGGUGGUUGGAGAUGGAGCUGUUGGAAAGACCUGCCUCCUCAUCUCCUACACAACUAAUAAAUUCCCAUCUGAAUACGUUCCCACGGUGUUUGAUAACUAUGCUGUCACAGUCAUGAUUGGAGGGGAACCAUAUACAUUAGGCCUUUUUGACACAGCAGGUCAGGAAGACUAUGACAGACUUCGGCCUCUCAGCUAUCCGCAGACAGACGUCUUCCUGGUUUGCUUCUCUGUUGUUUCUCCUUCCUCCUUUGAGAAUGUGAAAGAGAAGUGGGUACCAGAAAUCUCACACCACUGUCCACGCACUCCAUUUCUGUUGGUGGGCACUCAAGUAGACUUGAGGGACGACAGUAACACUGUGGAAAAACUUGCCAAAAACAAGCAGCGCCCAAUAUCACCCGAGAGUGGCGAGAAACUGUCCAGAGACCUCAGAGCUGUCAAAUACGUGGAGUGCUCUGCCCUCACACAGAGAGGACUGAAGAAUGUAUUUGACGAGGCAAUACUUGCAGCUCUUGAACCUCCAGAGACCAAACCCAAGAAGCGCUGCAUCCUCUUGUAGGAGCACAAAGAGUGAGUGAUGCACUCACUCCAACAAGAGAGGCGGAGGAAUAGAAAUUUUCUGGUAGGGUUUUUAAGAGUGGUAGGGCUUGGCUCUGGAGGAAUUCAGCAAAGAAAUGGUAUUGCAAACAAAUAAAUUUUGUGCCUUUUCUAAUCGUUUCAAGAACAACAGUAGAUAUUGAAUAACCCUAAAACCAACAACAGCCCUAAAAAAUAAGAAUUGAAAUAGAAAAGAUAAAUGUACACUUUAUGCAUGUGAUAUCUUGCAGAGCAACAUUUGAAUCCAAUUUAUUGAUUUAGGUGUCUUUUUCACUGCAGUUUCAUGUGAUUUUUAACACCCAAUUCUUUUGUUUUUUUUUAUCCAUUAAGUGCUUCAGGUUUCUGAUUACCAUAAAAAAAAAAUUAUUAAGAAUGUUAGACAACACUUUGGAUUUGCCCCUGAUACUUGCUUUCCUCUAAGCCACAUUUCUUAGUGUAAAGCAGAAUAGGCUGGCUGCUCUGAUUAAUGCUUCUGCGGAGCUCAGCUAUUUGUUCUUUAACCUAUGGACAGUGUGUAUGCAGUAAGCUGAUUUCAGAUCUGAUUUCUAAUCUGUUAAGUACAGCAUUUUUGAUACAUUGUCAAAUCUUAGCGGGUUUAAAAGCAGUUUUCCCUAAAUGUAUGUUGUGUGUUAUGCGGCAUAAAAGCAAGCUUAUUUGAUUGGAUUAAGCUUUUAAUUAGCUCUAAUCACUGGCAAUGGCAUUGAAACAGAAAUAAUACAAAUGAAAAAAUGUUUUUAUUUUUUAGAUUUUAACAAUUGUUUCAAAACAGUUUUAAACUAUGUCGGAACCUUCAAUGGAUUAGAGUGUUAUGACCACAGAAUCCAGACUCUCUGUGGCCACAUCCCCUCCUGAGUGACCUGUUUGAUUUGUAAGAGAGUUUGGGACCUUAUGUGUGAGUCAAUGGAAGCUUAAUUUAACACCAUUUGUUUGUUUCUGUAUGAGCCAAACUGUUCUCCUCUUCUGUGGUUCAUGCUCCUAGAAUCUGUCUUAAAGUGCAUUUACUCUUGAGCCAUGCAGUGCCUUCUGCUGGCCAUUUAGAAAACUGAAUUUAUAUUAUGUUCUCCUUUUUGUAUGAUGUAUUAAAUGUAUUAUUGUUCUUCUUUGGGGUAAAAGAAUUUAGUGGUGACACAUAGAAACUUGAGGUUUUUUUAAUGACUUUUUAUUUUUGUUAUUUUAUUUUUUGCUAGAAUACCAUUUGAUUGUGAUUUAUUAAUAAAAUAACACUUUUAAAUGUAAUAUUUUGAAUAACCAAUCUUAGCAGUCGUGCGAGUACAAAUGAGGAUUACCGAUGAUGAUGAUGAUUAUGGUCAGCUUUGUGGCCUUUUCUUAGUCAAGUUCUGCGGUGUUUGGAAUCUCACUAUAUUUGUAAUAAAAGUGGUGCGACUGACA